AUGGCCACCAUCCUUCCGCCGCCCUCCAAGCGGCAGAAAACAGAGACUGCGGCUCGCGCGCGCACUCAGGCCUCUCCUCCGCCGCCAACACCGCAAGGCCUGCAGCGAAUUCAAUUCCGAGACGCAGACACCGGCACCACGCAAGGCCCCAUCGUGAGCGUGUCGCUUGCCGAUCUGAACCCCAAAAACCUCUCCCUCCUCCUAAACAGCCUCCUCGGCCAGGACGAUCCCGCCGAGCGACUGCCCUACCGAUUCUACAACCCGCUGGGCGAUGGGGAGUUUAGCCAAGAGGAUAUUAUCAAGAAGUACGUGGACGGCUCCAUUACUACCGAGCUGUGUCUGGAAAUCCCUUGUCGCGCCGAGGCAGUCUUUAGAGUCAAGGCCGUCACGCGGUGCAGUGCCAGUAUUGCCGGACAUGGCGACUCCAUUCUGGCGACUGCCUUCUCCCCCGCAACCUCCACCAGGCUGGCUACGGGCAGUGGAGACAAGACGGCGAGGAUCUGGGAUGCAGAGACUGGGACACCACUCCACACCUUGAAAGGCCACACGGGCUGGGUACUGGCCGUUGCGUGGUCGCCGGAUGGUGGCAUGCUGGCUACUGGGAGCAUGGACAAUACCGUCCGGUUAUGGGACCCUGCAACCGGACAGGCGCUUGGAGGAGCUUUGAGAGGGCACACCAAAUGGAUCACAAGCAUAUGCUGGGAGCCGUAUCAUCUUCGGGAGCCAGGGCGACCGAGGUUCGCGUCUGCAUCUCGCGACUUCACCAUUCGCAUCUGGGACGCAGUGAGCAAACAAACCGACAUGGCGCUCACCGGACACAAGGCAUGUGUGAGUUGUGUCAGAUGGGGCGGACAAGGGUCAAUAUACUCCGCUUCACACGAUCGCUCGAUCAAGAUCUGGGAUGCGACCAAGGGCACGCUGUUGCACACUCUCACCGCUCAUGCACACUGGGUAAAUCAUCUCGCCCUUUCCACCGAUCAUGUCCUACGGACCGGAUUCUACGAUCACGGAUCGAAAGCAGAGGUUCCAGAGACGGUGGAUGCGAAGAGACGCAAGGCAAAAGAACGGUACGAGGCGGCGCUGGCUCCAGCAGGUGGCAUCGAACGCCUUGUCAGUGCCAGUGACGAUUGUACAAUGUUCCUGUGGUCUCCCUCGACGUCCACCAAGCCACUGCAGCGCAUGGUCGGCCACCAAAAACAGGUCAACCACGUCACCUUCUCUCCUUCAGGCCACCUGAUCGCAAGUGCUGGCUUCGACAACCACAUCAAGCUGUGGCAAGCCUCCGACGGCAAGUUCUUGAACACAUUACGUGCGCACGUCGGGCCGGUGUACCAAGUCAGCUUCUCACCGGAUAGUAGACUGUUGGUUAGCGGGAGCAAGGACACCACACUCAAGGCCUGGGAUGUGCGGACGGGAAAGCUGAAGGAAGAUCUACCCGGGCAUAAGGAUGAGGUGUUUGCUGUCGAUUGGGCUCCUGAUGGGGAAAGAGUGGGUAGUGGUGGGCAAGACAAGGCGGUCAGGAUUUGGAGGAAUUGA